GGUUUGUAGCCAUAGUUUGCCCCUCAAAGCACUAGCAGCUUAGUACGGACGCUUCUUUGCGACUGUCUCACGUUGGCCUCAGCGAGCCAUGACACUCUUCAUGAAAGUUCGGCUUCUUUUUGCCUUGUUGGCAUGGUGUGCUGUGACAAUAGUUGGCCUGGUGCUGCUGGACUUCUAUCCAGCCGCCGUGCAAGCGUUGCUGGUGGCGGGCAAUGCCUUGGUGGCAUUGGUGAGCUUCUUCCUGACCUUCCAAGGUCCAACACCAAUACCCGCCCCACUCCUGCAUUGGAACCCAGAACUUCCUCGUCAUGGAAUGGGCGACCUCAUCCACAGUGUCAACCACAUCGCCAUCAUCGUGUCAGAUGUAGGUCGGUCCCUCGCAUUCUACACAGAGAUCAUCGGAUUUCAACAGAUCCAAAGGCCUAACUUUGACCGCCACGGUGCGUGGCUGACCAUGGGAAACCUUGAGCUGCACUUGAUCAAAGGAGUGCCAAAUGCCCCAAGUGGUCGGGAUCUGAUUGUCUCGCACAUCGCACUUGAGACAGAUCAUCCGGAGAAGGUCUUGGAGAAGCUCUUGGAAUUUGAGGUGCCCUUCAGGCAGAAUAUCUCGGUUCCAGAUCCCAAGAAAGCCAGAGACAACUUGGUGGAAGCUUUUGAGAACAGCGACGGCAAGAUCACGCAGUACUUUGUCAGGGAUCCUGAUGGCUACUACCUGGAGCUUUGCAACUGUGACGUCCUCACAGCUUUCUGCCUCUUCAAGGAGAACGCAAAGGUUGGCCACACCCCGAAGUAUAUGCAGCUCAUGGAUGCCAUGCUUGGCACGUACAAUGAGUCCGGUCAAAUGAAAGCAUCCCCGUUUCGCUUUCCUCAGCUAGCCAAGACAGCCUUGGUUGUACACCGUCUCGUGCGCAAAGUGCGUGCAGAGCUGUGCAAAAGCUUCGAAGAGCGUGUGACCACUGCACUCAACGGCGUCCAAGCCGCAGCUGAACCAGAUCCGAAGAUGCUCGCACGCUUCUUGGCCCGACAGAAGACCUACUGUGACAUUUGCCAGGGGUUUUCAGAGGAGGCUUUGGCUGCAGCCCUUUGCAAAAGUUCAAAUCACGCUCCAACUGCCUUGUUGCUCCUUUCAGCUUGCCGGGCAGAUGUGCGUAUUUGGAUGCCGCCGGUGUACUUCCUGAGCGAGGGAGGUCGAAUCCAACAGCAGGUGAUGGCUGUUGCGGCACCCCAGCGCAGGAGAUUCGGCUCACGCAGCGUGUUUGCCUCCAAGCCUUUUGAGGAUGCCAACGGCAGCUUGCACCAGAGCGUGGGCGACCUCUUGGGAGGCUUUUCAGGUCGCCCGGACGUGGCCACCCUGAAUUCCUGUAAGGGCCAAGCGUCAAUUGGUGGCAUGCUGUCGCAGGGGUUUGAGAACGACCCAGUGAUGCGGGACUACCUGCAGAAGAGCUCCAGGAUUUUCUUCCGUCCCACUCAAGAGACUGAGAUUUGCGUCUAGGAAGAGUUCAAGUGUAAUGCAAUAUGUAUAGUGUGUGUGUGUUUGAGAGGUAGCUUUGGUAAGUCUUGGUGAAGGCACCAAGCCGUUCCAGUGUCGAGCACAGCUUUUCCCCAGCGGCUUUGGUACAACCGGGCUGCAAACCUAGGCAUGCGUGCGCUCGUAGUUCCACCUCAAUCAGAACACUACUGUUUCUAAUCUGACACGCAGAUUUCUUGCAGGGGUCCGGUGACUUUGAUAAGGCUACCGGCCUUUGUAUGUUAAGUUCUAGCUUAAACAGCUACGUAGUUGGUUGAUCGGCGAUCGGCACUUGUUUCUCGAGAGCG